AUCAUGCAUGUGCCACAAGAGGCUUGAGAAGCAUCCCUAUAGCAACGGAAAACACAUAGGCACUUCAGAGCAACCUCAAAGAGGAGAUGUGACCUGGGCCAGCGCACAUCCACAACAGCAGCUACAGCACUGGAGCACUUUUGAAGGUCUCCACAGGUAAAAGCAAGCUGAAACAGGCUAGUGAGAGCAGCAUGUCGUGGUUCAGCUGGAACGAGCCAUACUAUCGGAGCGGCAGACGUGAGCCGUCUGAAGUGGUCUCCGACACACUGAUGCUGGAGCUGAGCUGGCAAAUAAAAGAGGCCGAGAGGCUUCAGCGGGAGCGGGACAAUGAGUACCGGAGGCUGAAGAGCGGUGUGGACUAUAGCUGGCUCAUGAACACCCCGCGCAGCUCCUACGACAUCAGCCCAGGAGAGAGACUUGGCCUGGAGGACCUGUGCAGCAAAGUGCCUCCAUCGCACUGUGGAUCCGUCAUACAGAGGUUUCGUCAGGUGCUGAUGGAGAAUGAACCGGAGGUGCAGGAGGUUUCCGGUCUCUUCCGUUCUGUGCUUGUGGAAAGCCUUGAGCGCGUUCACGAGGAGCAAGAGGCUCAACGUUUGACCCAGCAAUGGAGCAACAGACGCUCUAUAAGCCUAUCGCUGAUGAGCUUCAGGUCAAGAGUGCGGAUCAACCCUUUCGGCAGCACAUUGGGACUGAAAUCAAACAGCUAUGGCUCAGAGGAAGACGGGGUAGAUGUCAAGACUGUGUGUGAGGAUGUGGAGAAGGGUCAGACAGCAGAGAAAACACAACGUGUGUGGAGCAUGCCGGAGUUUAGACACAAGGGAAUCAACGGGAAAGCUUAAGUGUCUAUGAGUAUGUGGGAUUCAGUCAGAUCUGAUCUGGUCAGCGGCUAUCUGAUAUUCCCAGCAUCGUUUUUUAGUUUAUAUCUUGAGGUGUGUGUAUGUGUGUGGAGGUAUGCUUAUGUUGGGAAAUAACAAGCUCAUUAAGCAAAAGCAUUGCAAUGUAAAUCUGCUACAAGGACUAUGGAUUAAACACUCAUAGCUUUUUGCAUGUGCAAAGGUAGGACACCAGAUAUACUAUAUUGUCAAAAGUUUUGGGACAUCUGUCUUUACAUGCACAUGAAUUUUAAUGACAUCCUAAUCUGAAUACGUAAGGUUUAUUGUGGAGUUGAUUUGCCAUUUAAAGAUAUAAUAGCUUCAACUUUCCCGCUUUCCACAAAGUUUUGGAAUGUGUGUUCAGUUGGGUUAAGGUCAGGACUAGUCAAACUUUUCCACACCAAACUUGGUCAUCCACGUCUUUAUGGACCUUAUUUAGCAACAUUUUGCAUCAUUCUAAAAACAUAGUCCUAUAUAAAUUUCUGGAGAUCACCAGAAGUAUGUAUGGCUGCAUUUUAUUUUUAAAAUGAACACUAUGGGAUUGGUAUGACAUCAUUGCUUUUUGCGCUUACCCGCUGACUGCUAACCUCCAAAUGGAUGGCUUUCCCGUUGUUACCAGUCAGCUCACCAUGGUUCCAGAAAGCAGGUAAGACAAAAACAGAAGCCAAAAAA